AUGGACGAAGACCUUGAGGUGCAAACAGUGAAGUCGACUACAAUACACAAAAACUGGGCUCACGACAAGUACCAGCGGUCGCCCUUCGACAUCGCCCUCCUGAAACUGGAGCACAAGUGCUCCCACGCCACGCCCAAGCUGCUGUCAGACCAUUUCACACUGACCACGGGACAGGCGCUUACCGCUGCGGGCUGGGGUGCCGGGAGCCAGGGCCCUGCGCUUGGCGGGCCCAUCUUCGGGUCUCUGAAGCUGGAGCGGCAGGAGUACAUCUGCGCCAAGCGGUGCAACGCCAGCGCGCUCUGGAAUGGGGCCGUGCCGGACGAGAGGCUGGUGUGCGGCCUGAAUGACGGUCGGAAGUCGUCGUGCAUUGUGGAUUCUGGGUGUCCACUGCUGCUCAUGGAUGCCCCGGGAUACGAUGUCGCAUCUGGUCGCCCUAUCUUCGAUUUCGUUGUUGGAAUCAACGUGGAUGGUGCUCCGUGCGGGCAGCCUGCGAGACCGGACAUGUACAUCGACAUCAGAGAGCACUCAGACUGGAUUCGAAAGAACUGUGGCGACAGAGUCGAACUGUAA